UUUUGCCGAUUGCCGGCGCCUCGAGCCCCACGCAAGCUGACCGUCUUCUUCUUUCUGCAGCAUCUUCGAGAGUCACUUCCACUGGUAGUACCGAAGUAGUGCCAGUACCAUCGUUUGUCGCGACGAACCCGGAGCGGUCUAAGUGCGAGAAGUACGAGAACGACUGUGGCGUUCGUGAAUAGGACUGGAGUAAAUAAUCGGUGGAAAAAAUGUCGUUUGGAGUUGUUUUUAAGCUGGUGGUUUUAGGGAUGAUGGUUGUUUUAAGAACAGCAGGGCAAAAGGUUUCGUCUUUUUCCUGCAAUGGAAGAACAGCCGGAUAUUACGCUGAUGUAUCAACAGGUUGUCAGGUAUAUCAUAUGUGUGAUGGACUAGGAAGGCAAUUCAGUUACAAAUGUCCCAGCAAAACGUUAUUUCAGCAGAGAAUGUUAAUUUGUGAUCACUGGUAUAUGGUUAAUUGUAGUAAAGCUGAACAGGAUUAUAGUGCAAAUCUUCUAAUUGGUCAAAGAGGAAAGGCAUUUGUGGAAGAAUUAGAAUAUAGUAGAACGCCACGUCCAGACUUGGUAGAUCCAAACAACUCGGAUUUCACCACUUAUAGACUAAGUUUUGCUGAUUUGCCUGCCGGUAAAACAAUCGUAGGCACAAGCAGCGAUGAUUAUGACGAAAAUCAAGACAGAUCAUUCUCAUCCCAUAAUCAAGUAACCGAAUCGUACGAGCAGUCUACAGCAUCGUCAAAGAAAAGGCAGGAAACAGGUACCCAAGUCCAAGGCUUCAACAAACAAGUGUUCUACAGAACGAACUACGACAGUGCUAAUCAAAACGGGAGACCCAAAGGCAAGAAUCUCGCAUUCAAUUCCUUUAACAGGAACGAUAACCAAUUUGCGGCCACCACUCCGAAACCAUUCAACGGCAAAGACUCAGCCUUCAACAUUAAAAGAAUCGACACUGGACCUAGUUUCGAAUUGUCUCCUUCUCAGUCUCAGAACCGAGCAUCAGUAAAUACGAACAACGCAGUUAAUUUCCCGUCAAAUUUCAAAGCCACCACGCCAGUCUAUCCGAAAGAAGUUGACGUUGAUCAGUCGAAGUUCUUCGAAUUCAGCGAUCCUUUGAGCGAGCAGAAAAACGAUGGCGAAGUUGAUGUUAAUUUUCCGUCAAAUUUUAAAGCGACCACCCCAGUGUAUCCGUCACGUGUCGAUAUCGAUCCUUCUAAGUUGUCAGAGUUUGAUAUACCGAUUAACGAAGAAUCAAAAUUUCCAUCGAACGUUAAUUUUCCUUCAAAAUUUAAAGCAACCACACCAGUUUAUCCCGAACAUAUCGAUAUCGAUCCGUCCAGAUUAUCAGAGUUCGAUAUCGAGGUCGAUGGCGAUUCCGACAUUGUUUCCAUUAAUUUUCAGUCAAAAUUUAAAGCCACUACUCCCGUUUAUCCUAAACACGUCGAUGUAGAUUUGUCAAAGUUUUCCGAAUUCCAAGAACAACCUCCAGAAAAAAGCUCGCAGGAAAAUGCGGUGGUUAACUUUGCUUCAAAUUUUAAAGCCACAACUCCAGUAUAUCCAAAACAGGUUGAUGUGGAUCUAACUAAAUUUUCCGAACCAGUUGAAUUACCUUUCGAUAAUAAUAAAAACGAAACGGGCUCAAUUUCUUCAUCGCAAACCGGCCAGUCAAAGCCCCCAGUUCAGCUUGGAACAGAUCUUUUGCCACCACUAAAUUCGAGAGCUUCCCCUGGAUCCAAUCGAGGACAUUCUGAAUCGAAUCAAGUAAACUUUGGAUCAAAAUUCGAAGCCACAACGCCAGAUUAUCCAAAGAGUGUGGAACCUACCAGUCCAGAUCCAAGUAACGUUGGACUAUUGCCACCAUUGGAAAACGGCGCUUCAAAAUCUCAACAAAAAGGCAUCAAUCUAGAACAGAAUAAAUUCGAGAAAACCUUCAACCGAAGAAUAGAUGAAGAAGACCCUCUAGUCCUAGGAAACACGUUUAACAGUAGACAGCUCACUGAAUUCAUGUUAACCAUGAAACCCGAACAGCUGAAAGACUUAAAAAAUAUGUGGCACAUUCCAGAUUACGAUUUUCCACUGGAAAGCGUCUCUGGACCUAAUUACGGUAGUGAACUAAGUUCGUUUCAGGCCAAACCCUCCAGGAGGAGGUAAUUUAUGAUGUAAUUUAUUAGAAAAAAUACCUGUGAAAAGAAAUUCAUGAUAAAAUUUGAAUGAUGAAGGAUGUAAUUUUUUAGAAAUUAUAUUAUUUAUCAUAUCGCAUCUAACUGUAUAAUGUACAUAGUAGUUUUAGAUAUUUAAAUAGCUGAAUGUAUGCGACGAACUUUAAGUCCAGGAUAUAUGCAACUGGCGAAUGUUACCAUUCGUUCACAAAAAAAUCCAGAUCUUGUAAAGAAUCCACACCUGAGAAGGAUUUCUUAACGGAUGCGAACGAAUAACAUUCGUCGUGUAUCCUCGGCUUUAGAAUUAAACCAAAAUGAAAUAUAUUGCCGAUGACCUUGAUGUAUGUGCCUUUUUAAGGCGUCUAAAAAGUAUAAAUUUCAGUGUGGUUAGAGAAAUUUAAAUAAGGAUAAAGGAAUUAAAAGAAAGAUUCAAGUGUGGCUAAGUUGCUCAAUCAGAUUCAAGCAAAAAAAUUCAAAGUGAAAAUAUUUCAUAUUUUCAACCAAUGACUAAAGAAUACAAAGACACGUAACGCCCAUAUACUAGCUGGAACAAGGUUAUUAUAGGUUCGUUCCAACCGAAUCGAGAACCGAUCCUGGGACAGUAAUUUGUAGUCGCCCACUCAUUGUUUGAAAAGUUUGAUGGUUUGUCAAGAUUAACAAAUGAAUUGACUGAUAGGAAAUUACCGUUUUAGGAUGGUUCUCUCGUCCGGUUGGAAGAAACAUUAUGUUAAACAGGUUGCCUCGUAACUUUGGACCAAUCACAGUAGUUGGCGCGAUGACGUCAGCUAGCGUGAUAUUUAAAAUAACUAUUAACAAAAUGUUUAAUAUUAAUAACAAUUACACAAGUUAAAUUGUUUUUCUAUAAAGUCUUUAUUUAUUUUUCUCUAAUUUUGCUAACAUUUAAAAUGUUUAAGCAAUAUUUGUAUUCGAAAAAAAAUAGUUUUAGCUUUUUACCAUGUUAAAAUAUCGCGAGCUAGUCGAAAUAAUUUAUUAUACAUAUACGUCACUCAGCAACAACAAUACUGAACAUUAUAGGCUGUUACAGGUAGGAACGAUCUCCAUUUCUAAGGAAAAUUUGAUAAAUGAUUUUAAAAAACUAUCUAGUUCAUCAAUUAUAAUACGUUAAGUACACUAAAACUUUAAAAAUAUAUUAUAUCCACUAAAACUGUCCUAUAAUCCACUCAAAUGCACUUAAUACACUUUUUGAAAACUUUCGGAAAACAAUGUAAAAUUAUUGGUAAACAAGCUGAAAACUGCUGAGUACUAGACCAUGUACUAGACGAUGAUGAGUAAUAUGGCGGCUAAUGUCAAGUUACGAGGCAACCAAUGACUAAAGAAUCCAAGGACAAAUAACGCCCGAGAGCAAACUGUGACGAUAUCACCAAACAGUGCCGUGGCACAUAUUUUUCUUAACCUAGCUGUUUGAAGAGAUUUAUAUUUUUUGACAAAUGUUUUGACUACGCCUAGGGUGUAUACGUUGGUAUCAUACUAAUUAAUU